ACAAAAAAUUCAUCCAUCUUCUCUCACACACUGACACUCAGAGUUCUUUCUCUCUCUUCACCCCAUGAAUGUGCACCGCGCUCAACUAUUUCAAAUCUACCCUUGAUCUUUUCCUGGAUUUCGCUUAUUUUGAUUUCUCUGCGAGGUGCUUGUAUAAAUGCACAUACUGGAGGAAUAGAUUUGGGCGUUUUGUGUAUUUGAUGUGCGAGAGAAAAAGCCGAUAGAUCGGAUAUGGCGGAAUUUUCCGGCGAGGGAAGUGUUAGCUGGACGCCGGAGCUGAGUUCCGGCGAGGCAAACGAUAAUGAGCGGCCAAGUGAGGCUCCGCAGGCGACUCCCUUGACGAUGUCCGCGUCGUUCAGGGAAGGAGGCAGGAGCUCGUCGCGGAGGAGAGCGGCGGUCCGGCCAAGUUUAGAUGCCGAUGAGUUCUUUAAUCUGCUCCACGGGUCGGAUCCUGUGAAGCUGGAGCUCAAUCGCCUCGAAAAUGAAGUCAGAGAUAAGGAUAGGGAAUUGGGGGAAGCACAAUCUCAGAUCAAAGCUUUGAGGUUGUCAGAGCGUCUUCGUGAAAAAGCUGUUGAAGAGCUCACUGAAGAAUUGGCAAAGGUGGAGGAGAAGCUCAAGUUAACAGAAUCUCUUCUAGAAAGCAAGAAUCUUGAAAUCAAGAGAAUCAACGAUGAGAAGAAGGCCUCCAUGGCAGCUCAGUUUGCAGCAGAAGCCACUCUUCGAAGAGUUCACGCUGCUCAAAAGGAUGAUGACAUGCCUCCAAUUGAAGCCAUACUGGCUCCCUUGGAGGCUGAGCUCAAGCUUGCUCGACAGGAGAUUGCUAAGCUUCAAGAUGAUAACAAGGCUCUGGAUCGGCUCACCAAAUCAAAAGAGGCAGCUUUACUUGAAGCAGAGAGAACUGUGCAGGUGGCAUUGGCAAAGGCUUCUAUGGUGGAUGAUCUCCAGAACAAGAACCAAGAGUUGAUGAAACAGAUAGAAAUUUGAAAACUCAUUGAAGAAUUUUGCACUGAAUCAAUUUGUAACUUACAAAUUAAUAAGACGGCCAUUAAUUGCUUUGCAUUCUUGAAUUAUUUCAUCUUCAGCCAGAAGCUCUUCCAGUGUAAAAUUUUCCUUGUCU